AUGUACUUCUUCCUUCUAAUUUUCAUUUUUGCACUCGGUCAAGGUAUUCAUUUUUUGUGUUUGGAACGUUAAAAAUGGAGUUUUCAAUUCAGGAGAUUUGCCUUGUCCUCAAAAUUGGAUUCAUGUUGCUCAAUUGGAUGUUUGCUAUUUAUCAGCUUCGCAUCCAGCUCAAUGGGAAUUUGCUGAACAAUAUUGCAAUGAACGAGAAAGUCAUAUGGUUUCAAUCGAUAAUCAGGAACAGGCGGAUGUUGUCAAAGGUAACUUUGAAUCUUUCAGAAUCUAGAACACAAAGUACACGUCAAACUUUUUGUCCAGGAAUUUUUGGUCGGGAAAAUCCGGAUUUUCUAAAUUGGAUUGGACUUCGAUGGAAUGAAACUGCUGGAAAUUUCACAUGGUCCAAUGGAAAACCAAUGACAUAUUCUGAAUUUCUCCCAAAUUCUGAUAAUGAAGAAUGUGUCAGUUUAGCUCUUGAUGAAAAUUUGUAUGGUUGGAAGUCGAUUUCGUGUUAUUACUCGCAAUUUUUUAUGUGUCAAAAACCGGCCGAAGGAAUUCGAACAAUUUGGCAUAUUGGAGAAACAUCGGGAACAAUUUCGAUGAAAAAUUAUUCGAAUUUGGAAUCGAUUACUCAUAUUAUAAAAGCUCCAGAAAAUUCAAGAGUUUUGCUAAAGUUUUUGGAUUUUGAUACCGAAAAAAGUCGAGAUUAUGUGACGAUUUCUGAUCUGAAAACAGCAUUCCGGAUUUCUCUACUUUCCGGCGAACUUGAACCUGGUUUUGAGGUUUUGGCAAAGUAUAACGAAGUUGUAAUCAAUUUCAAAAGUGAUGAAGAUGAAAAUGAUCAUCGAGGAUUUGAAUUGAAUUAUGAUGUAAUGUGAGUUUGAAUCCUGAAUAAUUAGAAAAGAUAAAAUGUCAUCGGACAGAUCUCCUCUUCCGACAAUCACAUUCAAUAACAAAAUUGGAAUUGUUAGUCCACCAGAAACUGAAAAUCCAUAUAUUCUUCAAAAAUAUUUGAUAACUUGUGAACCUGAACAUCAUGCGAUCAUAAAAAUAUUGGAUUUUGAAUUGAAUAUGAAUGAUCGGUUGAAGUUUUUCGAUGGUGAAACUGAUGAUAAACGUGGAAAACUGGCGACGUAUGUUUUUCACUUAUUGUUAGAAAUUAACAAAAUAAAACAUAUUCAGACUUCGAAAUGGUAGUGAUAAAACACCGUUGAAAUCAAUCGGUCAUGUUCUUCUCAUUGCAUUCGAAAGUUCACAGAAUGCCGGAAAUUGGAAAUUGAGCUAUGAAUGUGUGUAUAAUGGGAAUCUUGGAGAUGAAAUUGAAAUUUGA